GACUGCUGCUAGCAUCUUUAGCGCUAAGCUUUCAAUGGCUGCACAUUGUUGAGAACAUGUUGUAAAUGGAUUGGGGACUCGAGACGAUAUAUAGUUAAUUUGCCUGAUAUUUACAUGAAUGUUUCAGAAACCAGAUAUUCCCAAGGUAUACAUCGAGCUUCAUCCUCAAUUGCGACGCGUUAUCCCGUGCAAACGGUAAGGCCUGCUGGCCGUCACUUGCGUCCUGAGGAAGUUAAAGUGGGGAUACCGAGGUUCAACCUCUUUUACAGAUUACAUACUUCCUUAUUUCAUCUACAUUCCUGGAAUUCCCGCCCAUUAAAUAAUUCAGGUGCUUGACAGCCAAAAUUUUCAUUGAGCUUCUCACUGUCUGUAAUCGGCCGUCCGUCUAGAUAAUCAUGGCGCCCACAGAGCUUUUCUCAGUCCCUAUCCCCGCGAGGCCGUCAUAUCCAGGAGGCAGUGUCGUGUGCACAACCCCAGCAUCCAACGUCUACCUUCUCACCUUCACUUCGCCAAGCGAUAACCGACUAACGCCCGAAUUCAUUCGUGCGGUUCUCACCGCGCUCGACAUAAUUGAGUUCGGCUACGAACCAGGCGUAGUAGUCACGACGUCGGGAAUCCAGAAGUUUUACUCUAAUGGCUUGGACCUCGGCCUCGCUCAGGCCACCCCGGGAUUCUGGGAAGACAGCUUAUACGCGCUGUUGCGGCGCUUUUUGACGUAUCCCAUGCCGACGGUGGCGAUGAUCAACGGUCACGCCUUCGCUGGCGGCAUUUUCUGGGCGAUGCAUCAUGACUACCGCGUUUUUACCGGCCGCGGUAAGGGGUUUGCCUGCGUCAAUGAGCUCGAGUUCGGCGCACCGCUGCCCCCGGCGCUGUCGGCCAUUUUUCGCAUCAAGACGACACCUUUGGUGUAUCGGUCUGUCGUUCUCGAGGCCAAGCGCUUUGAUGCCGAGGCAGCGCUCGCGGCUGGCAUUGUGGACGCUGUGGGCGAAUUGGAUGCUGUGCUGAAACUGAUCAACGAUCGCGGCCUGGUCGCAAAGGGAUCCAAAGGCUCGUAUGGGCAGCUGAAGGCGGAGAUGUAUAAAGAGAGCAUUGCGGCUUUGGCGAUCAUAGGCCCGGGGGGACCCUACCCCGAUGAACUACGGAAGAUUGCUAAGAAGCAGAAAGCAGAAGGACAGAAGUGGCUCAAGGAGUGGAGGGAGAGUCAGGGUCAGAAGGCAAAGUUGUAAGUACAUUAUAAUGUGCACAGGCUUUGAUGUUGCGAUACUGUUUCGGCGCUAGGAAAUUGCUAAGGAACCUUUCGCCUCGUUUUUUAUUCCUUUUCUUUCUCUCAUCAAAUUGGUGGAUCCAUUAUAACGGUAAUGACGACGUUGGUGAGAAUGAAUAUUAAUAUGCCGAUUAUGUUCCUUGCAGUUUUUACUCAUGUUUGCACUUGGUACAUCUCGUUUUUAUUAAAUUUUCGCCCUGGUGUUUCUGAGUCGUUUAGGCCAAAUUCCCAUCUUUCCUGGAGACAAGAUA